GCCGGGUUCUCCCACUACAGCCCGCGGGGGGGGAUAGAAGGUAAGCGGGGAAGGAGGAGGUUCAGCUGCGUUCCUCCGGAGCUUCCUCAGCUCCCGCUGGGCACUCUCCCUUCUCUUAGCUCUCAUCGGAACCUUUCCGUGCUCUGUCGCGGGUUCCCGCUGCACGCGGUGUCCCCGGGCUCCCCCUUUCACGCUCGUGGUUCCGCCCGCACGCAGCGCCCCGCGUGGAGUCCCGUAGUGCGCGCCCGCCGGGCGGGCUGAGGGUGCCGUGUGCUGUGUGUUGUAUGUUGUGUGCUGUCAUGGACCGAGCGGCCGUGGCCAAGAUGGGGGCGGUGGCCAGCGCCAGCGUGUGCGCCCUGGUGGGCGGCGUGGUGCUGGCCCAGUACAUCUUCACCAUGAAGAAGAAGACGGGCAGGAAGACGAAGAUCAUCGAGAUGAUGCCAGAAUUUCAGAAGAAGACAGUCCACAUUAAGGACCCGGGGAGAGUAGAAGAGAUUAUUUGUGGCCUCAUCAAAGGAGGAGCUGCUAAACUUCAGAUUAUUACAGAUUUUGAUAUGACAUUAAGUAGAUUUUCCUACAAUGGAAAAAGAUGUCCAACUUGUCAUAACAUCAUUGAUAACUCUAAGCUCAUCACAGAGGAAUGCCGGAAAAAGUUAUUGCAGCUGAAAGAAACAUACUAUGCUAUUGAAAUUGACCCAGCCCUCACUAUUGAAGAAAAAUAUCCAUAUAUGGUAGAAUGGUACAAUAAAUCUCAUGCACUACUCAUUGAACAAGGCUUACAAAAGGAUAAGUUUGCAGAAGUUGUGAGAGAAUCUGAUGUUAUGCUGAAGGAAGGAUACGAGAACUUCUUUGAUAAGCUCAGUGAACAUAAUAUUCCUGUGUUCAUCUUUUCUGCUGGGAUUGGAGACAUUCUUGAGGAAGUUAUCCACCAGGCUGGAGUCUACCAUUCUAAUGUCAAAGUUGUUUCCAAUUUCAUGGAUUUUGAUGAAAAUGGAAUCUUGAAAGGAUUUAAAGGAGAACUGAUUCAUGUUUACAACAAACAUGAUGGUGCCUUGAAGAACACAGAGUACUUUAAACAACUGAAAGACAACAGUAAUAUCAUACUGCUGGGUGAUUCCCAAGGAGACUUGAGUAUGGCAGAUGGAGUGGCAAAUGUUGAGCACAUUCUUAAGAUUGGCUAUCUCAAUGAUAAAGUAGAUGAACUCUUGGAAAAAUACAUGGACUCUUAUGAUAUUGUCUUGGUGAAAGAUGAAUCCCUGGAAGUUGCCAACUCCAUCCUACAGAAAAUCCUGUAAAUUGCAGUCUCAAGUCACUGCACUCCUCCCAGGAGGCAACUGAACAGAAGAGCAUAAGCAUGCAAUCUUAAGUGUAUCUGUUACUCAUUGACAGAACUGUUUAAUUUAAAACUUUUAUCCUCAUUUUGUUAUUUUGAAGUUUACGUGGUACCCAUUGUCAACUAGAAGCUCCUUUGACUGCUGUUAUGCUGUUCUUUAUUGUCUCACACUCCUAUUAAAACUAGAUUUAAAUUGGA